AAAUUAUCGAAUGUCCUUCUGUUAGUUUUGUUGUCGAAUGGACUGGUUGUGGCGUUUUUCUAUCAUUUUAAUCUAAUAAAAAUCACUACAUUUCAAAUUGUUAGAAAAAUGAGUAGUAGAAAACGAGAUUUCACUUUAAAUGUGUUUAUCAGGUGGUUCGAAUGCGGUGAAAAGGGAGAGAUCUCGAUCUCGUUCACCGAGAAGAAUCAAAGAAGAACAUGAAGACGAUAAAACUUCCAUUAAGGAGGAACCUAAAACAGACUCUAAAAAACAUUUUGAAAAUAUUAGCUUAGCCCCUAAGAAUAGAUUAAAAAGUAUGACUAUACAGAUGAAAUUAGGAGACGUAAAGAAAGAACCUCUUGCUAAGCCUAAAAUGAGCGUAGCCAAUGUUUUUAAUCAAGACAGUGACAGUGAACCUGAAGAAAUGCCGCCACAUGCUCGUAUGAGAAUGAGAAAUAUAGGGAGAGACACUCCCACUUCUUCAGGUCCCAAUUCAUUCGGGAAAACAAAACAGGGAUUUUCUGAUGCCAAUAAGCUAUUUGAAAAAACUCUAAAAGAAGCUAUGGAGAGUGCAAGGGCAGAUGAUUAACACAUUAAAUUGAAUUAAAUUGUCUCAUAUUUUGAUCUAGAUUGAAUUUUUCCCAGAGUAAGCAAAUUAGGAUCGUUGAAUGUUGCUAUGAGGUUUAAAUUAUGCUUUUCAUAAAGAAUAAAGUGUUAUUAAAUUUUUUUUUCAUACACUUAUAUAUAUAUAUAUAUAUAUAUAUAUAUAUAUAUAUAUAUAUAUAUAUAUAUAUAUAUAUAUAUAUUUAAUAUGUUUAUAUAAGAACGGGACUGAUUUUUUUUAUUAUUUAUUCAAAUAAUAAUUAAUGUACAAAGAAUUUUACAACACAAAUUAAAUUUAGGUGGUUGUUUAUCUAUACAUAUAAAUAUAUACUAAUCCUAAAACUCUAUUUCAUUGUAAUCUCGACAUAGAAUAUUUGAUAAGCAGCUGCGGCGGCAGCAGUAGUUCAAACGUAUCCUUAGUACAACAAUUGAAAUUGAAACAAUUAUGAUUUUUAUGCUCUUACUUAUAUAGGGUAUCUAGUAUUGCAUUACGACAUUCUAAAAUGUAUUUCGCAUAUCUAUAUACAGGGGAUGUACCAAAUGAUCAAAUAAAAACUCUCUUUCAAGUUGUUGGAAUUUUUUAUUAAAUAUUUUUUAUUACAACUUCACAUUUUUUUAUAAAAUUGUAAAUAUUAUAAAUUUCGCAACGAGAUUGAGGCAAUAAAGCGUUAUAUUUUGUGAAUAAAAUUGAUAAGAUUCAAUAAAAUAGGCAAAUCAUAUUAACAUUCAAGUUUGCAUAGAAUUCAGCUUUUUCCUCAUAAUUCAAGUGCGAAAGCGAAAAAAUGGAAAAUUCUAAAACGAAAGUUUGUUAGUGUUUGAAGUGAUUAUUUGUGUUAGUGUAGGGACAGAUGGUAAUCAGGAAAGUGUAUUGAAAAGAAUUAGUUUUGCAUUAAAUCUAGAAGAAAUUUGUCAACGUUUUUCUGAAAUUAAAAAAAAUUAUCCCGUAGUUUUUUAUCACAGCAUUUAUAUCAUAUCUUUUAUCAGAAAGUUGACGAAAAUGGAAGAUUAAUGAUAAAAAGAUGAGAAGAAAUUUAAAGAAUAAAGAGAAAAAAAUUAAUGUGUCCAAGUGUCUAGAACAAAAUAAUUAAAAAUUUGUUUCCAUUUGGUAAAACGUCCUUUGUAGUUUUCGAAAUGUUUUAUCAAAAUAAACGUGAUUUAGCCAAAAACAUCAAGAAAAUUUUGAAAAAUCCAGGAAUAUACUAUAUUUUUGAAAAUUAUAAUAUAUCGAUGAUAUUAUGUGAAAUAUUGUUUCGACAAUUAAUUCCCUUGUAAAAAUAAAAAUUAUAGUAGAAAAAGAAAAUUAGUAAAAGAUACAGACAUGCAAUUGAAAGCUGAAAAAUUAAUAGAUUUAAAAUAAGUAUGGAAAAUUGAUAGUUCACAUGCAAAUAAGUUGGAAUUAAAAAUAAAUAGAAAUUUUACAGUACAUUUGAGUUUCAACUGUAAACAAUAUAAUUGAAUAAUUUAUGAAAAAUUCUAUGUUGA